CUCUCUUUUCUGCGACUCCACUUAGAUUCAUUCCAAUGGUUUCUCUUGUUGGUCCUCCAGAAAUCUAUGGCACACAAAAAUCUUCCUCCACCAUUCAACAAUCAGCCCCUACUGUUAGCAAUCCCUUUAUGGAUCUAAUGGUUGCAAAUUUCAAUUCCACAAAAUCACAACCCCCUAAUAUGGGCUACACUGAAAACAUGUCAGCAACUUAUCUUUCUACUUCAAACCCUUGUUUAGAUUUCUUCUUUCAUGUUGUUCCUGAUACUCCUUCCCAAUUCCUUACUAAAUAUUUACAAUUUGCAUGGGAUCAUAAUUCUUUAACCGCCUUGAAACUUAUUUGUAAUUUGCGUGGUGUUCGUGGCACUGGCAAAUCUGAUAAAGAAGGUUACUACACUGCCGCUUUAUGGCUUCAUCAAUUACACCCUAAAACCCUUGCUUGUAAUUUAGAAUCCAUAGUGAAUUUCGGGUAUUUCAAGGAUUUGCCUGAGAUUCUAUACAGGCUACUUGAAGGAGCUGAUGUGAGAAAAAAGGCUAAAAAGGAAAGAGAAUUAAGUAACAGGGUGGGAAGCAAAAAGUUGAAGAGAUAUAAAGUUGGAAAGGACAGAAGUUGGAAACCAUUUGGAGGAAUUCUAGUAUCUAAUGAGAGCAAAGUUGAAAAUGAGAAAAAGAAAACGAGGACUGCCAGAGAGCAGAGGAAAAUCGAGAUGGCUAAAAAGGCUUUCGAGAGGUAUAGGCACGAUCCUGAUUAUAGAUUCUUGCACGAGCGUGUAUCUGAUCUUUUUGCAAAUUGUUUGAAGUUGGAUCUUGAGUUGUUGAACACUGGGAAAUUGAAAGAUAUCAGCCUUGCAGCUAAAUGGUGUCCUUCUUUAGAUUCGUCUUUUGAUAAGAGAACACUUUUAUGUGAAAGCAUAGCAAGGAAGGUUUUUACAAGAGAGUCAUACUCUGAAUAUGAAGGAAUUGAGGAUGCACAUUACGCCUAUAGAGUGAGGGAUCGAUUGAGGAAAGAAGUUUUAGUGCCCUUACGCAAAGCUCUGGAAUUGCCAGGGGUUUAUAUUGGGCGAAAUGAUUGGGGUUCCAUUCCUUACAAUAGGGUGGCAUCAGUCGCUAUGAAGUUGUACAAAGACAAGUUUUUGAAACAUGAUGAAGAAAGAUUUAAAGAUUAUCUUGAGAAAGUGAAACAGGGGAAAGCGAAGAUUGCUGCGGGUGCAUUGUUGCCUCAUCAGAUAAUAGGAGCACUAAAUCACACUGAUGACGGGGGUCAAGUUGCUGAGUUGCAAUGGAAGAGAAUGGUAGAUGACUUGUCCCAAAAGGGAAAACUGAAAAAUUGUCUUGCUAUUUGUGAUGUCUCGGGCAGCAUGUCGGGUACUCCAAUGGAGGUUUCAGUGGCGCUAGGCGUUCUCGUUUCAGAAUUAAGUGUCGAGCCUUGGAAAGGAAAGUUGAUAACAUUCAGCAAGAACCCAAAGCUUCAACUAGUUGAAGGGGAGGAUUUAAGGUCCAAGGUUGGGUUUGUGAGAGAUAUGGAAUGGGGAAUGAACACUGAUUUUCAAAAGGUGUUUGACCUAAUACUAAAAGUAGCUGUGAAUGGGAAACUAAAGGAGGAUGAGAUGAUCAAGGAAGUGUUUGUGUUCAGUGACAUGGAGUUUGAUAAGGCUUCAGCAAAUCCAUGGGAGACAGAUUAUCAGACUAUUGUUAGAAAAUUUACAAAGAAAGGUUAUGGGAAUUGUGUACCUCAAAUUGUGUUUUGGAAUUUAAGGGAGUCCAGAGCAACACCAGUGCCAGUAAACCAAAAAGGAGUUGCAUUAGUGAGUGGUUUUUCAAAGAAUUUGCUGACUUUGUUCUUGGAAGAAAGGGACUUUCAUCCCGAAGCUAUUAUGGAAGCAGCAAUUUCUGGUGAAGAGUAUCAACAGCUAGUUGUGCUUGAUUGAUGUAUCAAACUUGGGAAUGACUUAAUUUUUCCUAUUUAGUAAAAGUUGGGUGUUGAUGAAAACUUCUGCAUUUUUUCCUUAAAUAUUUAAGAAAAGAAGUUUGUUUUAAGGAAA